GCAUAUGUAUAUUAAUUACUCGUUACCAUUUGUUUUUUAAAAAUUAAAUAAAUAAAUUUUUCAUAGAAAAUUAAACAUUUUGUUUUAUUUAAAUUGUAAUGUUAGGGUGUUUUAUACAUUAAACAUUUUAAAACUUUAAUACUUUUAAUACUAUUACUAUUGUCUAUUACCACAUCUAUAACACCACAAAUAAUAUAAAUAUAUACUUCAAGUAUGACAAAUUAUGCUGAAGUCCCACUAUCUUCAAACUGGACAUUUUGGUAUAAAGAUAAAUGCGCAGAGGACGAUGAUUGGAGAAUGAACUUCCAAAAGCUAUUCGAAGUGUCGACGGUUAAGCAAUUUAUCGAGGCCUACAAUAAAACAAAACUACCUUCUCGCUUACCACUAGGAGCCAGUUAUUUCUUUUUUAAAAAUGGAAUACAGCCUAUGUGGGAAGAAGGACCGAAUAGAGGCGCGGGAGCUUGGAUUAUUGAGGUCACCAAUCGGAUUAACAAUGAUUUGAAUUUGAUUUGGUCAGAUUUGUUGUUUACACUCAUUAGUGACGGGUUUAAAGAGUUGUCGUGUUAUUUAUGUGGUAUCGCGUGUAACGUAAGGAACAAACAAACACAAAAAGUUACAAUAUGGACUGUUAAAACUACGUUGAAAAAUUAUGAACAGAUAAAAAAGAUUGGAAGAAUUCUACAAACCCUCAAACAAAACGUUUACGAAAUAAAAUCAAUAAAAUAUAAAUUACAUAAUAGAUUGUCAAAUAAUUUUGACUAUGUGUUAUAAAUUUUAAAAUUGUGUAGAAAAAUAAAACUAU